CGUGACGUCACAACGCUGCGCCGCGAUCCUGCAUUUGUGAUAAGGUUGAGCAAAGAAAAACUCCUGGACAUGCGACUGAGCUCCAUGUGACACACCAUUAUAAAAAUGGCGUUUAUUAAAGAGGAGAGUGAAGAUGUGAGGAUUGAAGAAGCAUUCAGUGUGAAACAUGAAGACAUCGAGACACAAACAGACCUAAUGGCUUUGAAAAAGGAAAGCCAAGAACUGAAUAAAAUGGAAGAGAAUCAGUAUGACAAAGAUCAGGAUUUUAUGACUGGAGAACAAUCCACACAAAAUGAAAAGACUUCCUCACAAAAAAGAGGUCAAAAGACUGAAUCUACCAGUUAUUUCACUUGCUGUCAGUGUGGAAAGACUUUCAAUCAAAAACAAAACCUUGAUGUCCACAUGAGAAUUCACAAUGGAGAAAAGCCUUUCACCUGCCAACAGUGUGGAAAAAGUUUCACUCAAAAACAAAAUCUUAAAGUCCACAUGAGAGUUCACACUGGAGAAAAGCCUUAUACUUGCACUCAAUGUGGACAGAGUUUUACACAUAAAGGAAACCUUAAUGCCCACAUGAGAGGUCACACUGGAGAGAGUCCUUACACCUGUAGACUGUGUGAGAAGAACUUCUCACGAAAAGAAAGCCUUAAGACUCACAUGAGAAUUCACACUGGAGAGAAGCCGUUCAUAUGUGGUCAGUGUGGAAAAAGUUUCAGAUGUAAAGAAAACCUUAAUUGCCACAUGAGGAUUCACUCAAGAGAGAACUGUUUUAUAUGUCAUCAGUGUGGAAAGAGUUUUCCUGACAGGAACCACCUUAGAAAUCAUGUAACAACUCACAUUGGAGAGAAGCCUUUCAUGUGCCAUCACUGUGGAAAAACUUGCACAAACAAAGCAAUCCUUGAGAUUCACCUAAGAGUUCACACUGGAGAGAGGCCUUUCACCUGCCCUCAGUGUGGAAAGAGUUUCACAAAUAAAGGAAACCUUAACAUUCACAUGAGGCUUCACACUGGAGAGAAACCUAUCACAUGUCUUCAGUGUGGAAAGUGUUUCACAUAUCACACAGACCUGAAACGGCAUUUGCAAACUCAUUCUGGAAAAAAAUUGUAGUAUUCCCCAAUGCUGCAAGAGGUUUACGAAACAAUUUCAAAACUCACCUGCACAUUCACGGUUAUUUACGAGCGUGACAACCGUAUUUUGUAACCGAACUCACACCUGAAAAUUUUCAGGACUCACAACCGCAAACUUGCACUGUGUGAACGGAACAGGACUGGACAGCUAGUUGUCUGUCACAUCAUACAGUGCGAGAGACAGCCGCUCUGCUGCACAAACACGCGUCUACCGUGUGUUUCGUGUUUUCACGUUUGGUUUCGGUAACUUACAGUGAAGGAUAAAUGAGCUGUGUGUCAUCUGAAAGUUUUAAAUUCAGUUUUUCUCCUUCGGAGCCGCUCCCGUCAGUUUUGUGUUCUGCGCAUGACUUAAAUGCUACACUCUCUACCCUAAAAGCUGCUGUCGGUUAAUUGGACUCUUGUCCAUACUGUCUAUAGACAGUACUCGAGAUGCUACUGUAAGCUGCUGUGUGAACGGGACAUUUUGAGACUCACACCUGUAAAGAAAAUGCAGUUGUCAAUCCCAAAAACUGACAGUUUUAGCGUAGAUGUAGAUGCCUUAGAUGUUCUUAAGAUUAUCUUAAAAGUACUAAAGAAUAGUUUUUAGUAUAUUAAGUACAAAAUUGGUGCGUAAAAAUAGAGCACUACAUUAUGGAAGUGCACUUUUUUCACCUGGGUCUAGAGCAGUGGUUCCUAACCCUUGUCCUGGAGGCACCACAACACUGCACAUUUUGCAUGUCUCCUUAAUCCAACACACCUGAUUCAGGUCAUCAGAUCAUUAAUAGAGAUUCCAAGACCUGAAAUUGGUGUGUCAGAGAAAGAAGACAUGUAAAAUGUGCAGUAUUGGGGUGCCUCCAGGACCAGGGUUGGCAACCACUGGUCAAGAGGAUGACAGUUUUAUUUUGUUAUUUGUGUGGAAAAUGUUUUAAAUGGCUCAGCGGUUUAAAAUGGCAUCAGAAAAAUAUGCGUCUGUGUGAAAAUUAUUUUAAUUGUUUAGAGGUUUAACUUGUAUAUUUGAUUCAGUUUAAUAUGUCGGAAUCAACACAUUAGAUGAUAUUCAUCUAGCUUUAAAUAUUCCACAAUGUAAAUAAAAUAGAAAUGUAAACAAAGUAUACAAGCUAAACAAGUUUAUGUUGCCGGCUUAUGCUUAAAUGUUUUAACUAUGGCGCUAAAAUCGUCUCAGAAUUAAUGUAUUUACAAUAUAUUAUUAACAACUGCAUCAGCUAGGACAGGAAAAUAAAACACCAGGUGUCAGACAGCGUUUCGAACAGUGCUUGAAAAGCUAUUCUGAACACCAGGCGCGUAGAUGGCACUAGGGACGGGGGGGUACAUGACGCCCCCCAGAUUCAUAGUGACCCGACCCGGUCUCUACGAAAGGCAACAUCGGUAAACAGAGGAUUAAUCAGGGUUUCCGCUAUCUACAUUAGCCUAAGUAGUGGUGGCCCAGCCCGCCUCUCCUUAAAUGUGCACUAAGCAAUUUUGAAAAACGCUUUUGACCGCAGUGUCUGACCGAGUCUCAAAAGACACUUGUAGCCAAUCAGCAGUAAGGGGGCGUGUCUUGUACUGAUAGAGCGAAGAGAGCGCUCAAUUGACCUAUCGGUAAGCCCCUCCCCUCGAACGCAGACUAGCCAAUGGCAGUUGAGUAUCGGUUUCACGGGGAGCGGAACGCGGACAUCUUUAGGUUUCAGCACCAUAGAGAAACAUUGGAAGAUCCAAAGCUCGCAUCGGUUUUAUGGGGUUUAUGCUUCAAAAAUGGAAAAACAAUGUGUCUGGAGUACUUGUAACACUGAUUCCAGGUGUCCUGAGAGGAUGGGCAAUAUAAUUUAUUUUAUUACAUUUCCUGAAUCUAAACAAAACAGAGCACAAUCUCCCUAAGUAUUCACCCCAAUACAAGUGAAGACAAAAACUUUCAUUUUCUGGUUGUCAUACACUCAUUAAGUUACAGUUUUCAUCUGCUCAAGCAGAACGUUAAUGUUAUCUUGUGCUGUAGCAAGGUAUCUCUGGCUAAAACUAGCUAACGUUAAAGUUAGUAAGUCCAUGUUAAUGUACAAACUUAAAUAGCGGACUGUCCGCGAUCGUGACGACCGACCGUAAUAUGAGACUUCUCCCGCUUGCAUUGUGAUCUGUAAACCCUCCUGCAAAUUCCACCGUAUUUAUUUUUAAAUAUUUUAUAAAUCCCUCCAUGGAAUAUUUAAUUCCUAUUUAGUGGCCUUCUGUGUCCAAAAUUGUGCAAAAACAUUGUGGGACAAGUUUUUCACGCUGUAGCUGUCAUUGUAAGAUAGUGAGCAACUCCGUUUGUUUGUCCGAGGGAGCAAUAGCAACUAAUAGGUCAAUUUGAGUGCACAUGACGAAUAUUAGCAGAUCGACUAUAGAUAGAGAGAGAUGGCAUAUAAAAAAAAGAUAAAACAUUCAAAUGAAGGGUUACGAUCAGGCAAGAGGUAGGACCCGCGUAAAUAUCGGAACAGCUUUCCAGCGGUGGGGAGAACUCAAGGAGCGGGAAGGCCUGGAAUCUGACGUAGAGGUUGUGUUGUUUCUUUUUGAUAGGCGAGUAAUGUUGAUUUUGCUUUGUUUCACACAACUUCUCCAUGUUGGCUUUUGCUUGAAUAUGCUUGUGUGUCAUCUUCGCUUGUUUCCGCGAUCGUCGUUGCCAUGGUUGUGUACGUACGUGUGCGGGGGAGAUAUCAAAAUAGGGGCGAGGUCCUGUUGGGGUAUGGGCGUGUUUGUUUUGGUGCUUUCAAAUAUCAACAUCGUUUGGAAAAAAUCGCUUAGUGCACCAUUAAUUAUUGCCGCCACUGCUUCAGAAUCGGGUCAGGGCAGACGCAGGCUGACGCACAAUAAUAAUCUACCGGUCACCAUUACUUUGUACCCACGUUCUCACUACAAGCUGUUCUGUUGUCAAUACACACAACAUUCUCUGUGUGUGUAUGUGCUACGACUCCUGACCCCCGGAAUCCUAUGAGGAGCUGGUAGCUGCCUCAAUUGUGCCUGUAGCGGUAACCAUAGUGAACGUAUACUAUCGUCUAUGACAGAGCUGGUGAUUUUUCUGGACUGAAAUAAUUGGACUGGUGACAGCUUUCAGAUUCCUGGGAUUCCUGAGGAAUUUCAAACUGCCACUGGAGCUGCUGAUGCAGUUCUACACAGCUGUCAUCGAGUCUGGAUUCGCUCAGCUGUCAAAUCCGACAUCAGAAGGGCACUUUGAGCUAUUGAGAGAAGUACUGGUGCUGCCCUACCCACCCUUCAAGAACUGUAUACAUUCAGAUUGAAAAAAAGAGCUUAGAAAAUUGCUCUGGAUUUCUCACACAUUCUCUUUGAACUUUUGCUGUCUGGCUGGCGGUAGAGAGCAUUGAACACUAUAAAGCCCGGUACACACCAAGCCGACGGUUGGCCGUCGGGCAGUUUUUGUUCGUCGGCCGACGAAGUCUUCUCAGUGUGUUCCGCGCCGUCGGCUGAAGUUGGUCCUCGUCGGCUUGUUUUCGGCCGAUUCGACAUGUUGAAUCGGCGUCGGAGCUCGUCGGUCAGUCGGGCCAUCUGAUCAUUCUGAUUGGCUGUUCAGCUGGCGAACCAGUGCAGGAGAAAGGCGCAGAACGGACGUGCUACUUAACAGUCGGGUAUCGAGCGUCGGCUUGGUGUGUCAGGGCAACUUUGGACCCAGAAGCUGCCGACGUCGGCCGACCCCGCAGUCUGCUUUCGUCGGCACUAGUUCGUCGGCGUCGGCUUGGUGUGUACCGGCCUUAACAGCCAGGCAUAAGAAAACCUAUUUACCCCAGACAAUGAACAGUUCAUGUGGCCUGUUGUCCCCAACUGUGCAAUAAAACCUAUGUGCAAUAUUUCUUAUGUUUAAUACCCUACCUCUUCUUGUUCUAUUCGCUGUAUUACACUAUUUGUAUAUAGCACUUGUAUAUACAAGUAUACUUUGUUGUUUUGUCUGAGCUAAAUCACAUUAACCAAAAAAGCUUGUUUAUUUGCAAACAGCAAUUCACACAUUAAUAACAAUUCUAGUUCACAAAAUAUAAUUUGUACAUAAUCAAAUUUACAUCCAAGAAUUUACAAUUCUCAAAUACUACACACAAAUGUAUGUUUGCACAUUUCUGAAUGUUUCUGCAUGUACAGAUUGAAUCCGCAUUUGCAAGUCAGAAUGUGCACAUUUAUUCGCUACUGUAAAUUUGAGGAACUUGAAUAUAUUUAAAGCAAUUUUAUACUUGUACUUCACUACACAGAGGCAAAGUUUGAACUUUUUCUCCACUACAUUUUUCUGAAAACUUUAGUUACUACACAAGUUAUUUUUCUCGUAACUGUAGCAUUACUGGUUGCAUGGAGUUUGAAUGGUUUUGCUAUCAUUGUAUGGACAAGAGGUACUUGCAUCUGUGUCUCGAAAUGUUUUAAGCAGUUGUCAUCUAAUGAAGUUUGAGCACCAUUAGGACAUUUAUGUAUCUUUAAUAAGCAUGCCUUAGAAAAAAGAAAAAAACAUAACUUGUGUACAUCUUGAGACAAAACAAUGGAAUGUUAAGAUCAGUCAGUUCAAGUUUCUUUUAGUUAAAACAGCCCAGACAUGCAUUUUAGUUUGGGGCUAGGCGUAAGCGUUAUCUGUGAAACCAGGGGUAAAAUUUCAUGUUUCUAUCAAAGCUAAAGACAUUUUAGUGUUAAUGCUGUUAUGUUUCACAUUUAAAAGAGUUUCUGUUUUAAAGUUCUUGUGGGUAGCAGCAUUGUGCUGAAGAGUAGUGCUCAUGGUUGCAGGUGGCUACAUUUAACAUGUGCUUUGCUAACUGUUCAUUUUAAUAAACAAAACAUGCAUACCA